GAUAUUUGUUUUGGGUACCUGCUAUGCGUGCAGACCAGCACCAGAUACCGUACGACAUAAUUGUAGUACCCAUGCUUCAUAGCAUCAUAUCUCUCAAAAGAGAAGAUAUACAUUGAAUAGUAGAGCUGUAGGUGAAUCCCCAUAUUUACUAAGCCUAUACAGUCUUCCUUUCUCAGUCUGUGACUCCUUUUACAAUUGGUAGGAUGGGAAAAGGAGAAGGGAAAGCUGCAUCACACUUUCUAAUAUCAUCAGUUGUCUUUUGAAUUAGUGUUGAGGAGGGUGUGCUGUGGAGAUUGAAGCUCUGGAGAUUCCUUCCUCUCCAAAUGUGGUAUAAAGCUACACUUUAGAGUAAGAGAUAGUAUGUAUAGUGUUGACAUUAACUUUUUCCCUCUGAUUAUUUUGGAUUAUUUAAUGCAAUUCCCUGUUCUAUUCCUGAGGCUCCCUAAAGGCUGCGCUUCUUCUUAAAAUGAAUUUCCAUAUAUCUGCCGAGUAGGGGCAAUUUCUAUAUUUCCCAGCCAGUCCGGAUUAUUUUGGCAUUUUGGAGCAGCUUGUCUCUCUCUCUAAUUUCUCUGUUAAUUUGAAAGAAUUUCACUAUGCAAUGCAACAAUUCGACAUGCCAAGAGCUUGAUGGUAAAUAAUUUCUACUUUGGAGAAGGAUCAGACUACGCAGGGGUUCCAACUGAGUAUCUGACAGUGAACUGUUCAGUGGAGAUGACUAUAUACAACCCUGCUAAAUUUUUUGGCAUGCAUGUCAGCUUCACUCCUGCUGGUCUAUUCUAUUAUGAGAUUACUGUUGCAACUGGUCAGCUGAAGAAAUAUUACCAACCGAGAAAGAGCCACCAUAUCGUGUCUCUGAACCUCGAAGGCAAAAGGGUCCCCCUUUAUGGAGCCGGGCCAAGCUUAGUGGUGUCAGACAGCCAUGGUGGAGUUCCAUGUAGGUUGGAAUUUGACAUCCGUUCACUAGCAAAUGUAGUGGGGGUGUUAGUGAGGACAAAGCAUCGAAUGCAUAUCUCUUGUUCCUUGACUGUCAACUCUAGGAACACCGAAGCCAUUAAAUUCAAGGAGAAUCCUUGUAGAUAUGAUUGAGGAAAUUGGAGUUUCACAUGAAUAAAUACCGAUCUCCAUGUUCAAACAUUGACGUAGCUGAUGAGAUGAUUCUCUUCAACUGAAGGAUGAAAUUUGAAUGCUAGUGAUCAUAUUUGUCAUCAUCACCAUGGAAUGGUGCAAUUGUUAGGCCUUAAGUUCAUUUUGCUCUGUUUUGUGAUAGUGGUGUCUUUUUUAUUCCUCCUUGGUGGGUGGUGGGUGCAAUUUUGAUCAUUGUGCUUCUCUAGUUAGGAGCUUGUUUUUUGUAUUUAAGUAUGUAAGUGAUCAUGAUUUUGUUUUGACAUUUAUGUUUGAAAGAAGCUAAAUAAUUAUUUUUGGAUUAGGAAAGUGGAA